CUUUGAUUGAGAUUGGGAUUGGCAAGCUGAGAAGAAUGGCCUUCUCGACCGGCAAUCUCGAGACCAAGCUCAACGCACUGAACGAGACGCAGGCGGCCAUCCAGUCCGUCUCGCUGUGGAUUAUGCACCACCGCCGCCACGCCAGCGAGUCCGUCGACACUUGGUUUGAGAAGCUCUGCGCCGUCGACGCAAGCAAGAAGCUCGCGUACAUGUUCGUCGCCAACGAUGUCCUGCAGAACGCGAGGAAGCAUGGCACAGAGUUCACCGAGGCCUUCCGCCCAGUUCUCAUCGACGCGUUUGCGCACGUCGCUGGAGAGUGCGAACCGCCCGUGGUCAAGUCGCUCAAUCGAGUCCUCACAGUCUGGCAAGAUCGGUCGCUGUAUCCAGCAGACUUUGUCGCACAGCUCAAAUCUGCUCUCAAUUCGUCGUCGUCGGAGUCGUCAUCUGCAACUGCAAGCACGAGUGCUGCAGCAAGUCAAGUUGAAAAGCGCAUCCCUCAGCCAGUUGAUCCCGAUGCGCUUGCGCUGCAAUUACGACAAAUCCAAGACGCCGUUGUCUCCGAUACGCUCAUUCAACAACGAGUUACAGUCCUGCCGGUUUCUUCCUUGAAGCAGCGCGUCGCCACAGAAGUUAAAGAUCACCAAAGUGGCACAUACUUUCAAGAUCAAGUGUCACAAGGGCAGCGCGCAACCUUGCAGCUAAUGGAGAGACUCGAAGCUCAAACCAAGCAGCGCAAGCGGGUGAUUGAAAUGCUCCAAGAUGCCCUUGCGUUACAAAAUCAGGCUGUUGCAAAGCUGGCAGAGACUGCCAAGGAAUGCCAAGAAAAGAUGGACACGUUGAAUGCCGCGGAAACCGAGUUGAACUCCAUUAUGAAGUCUCUUCCCUCAAUAGGCUACGACACCUCCUCCUACAGUCGAUUGCCUUCCACAAGCGAGCUGUUCUCUCGCGGUGGUUCCGGCGCUUCUUCCUCGCGAUCUCACAUGCCGUACGCAACGGGCGGCUAUGCCAGCGGCUACCAGCAACCGUCCUCCUCGUCCGCUUCUGCACCCGCGUGGCGUACAGCUCCUGCCGUUCAGCCUCCGACAUCAAGUAGCGAGGCUCCCGUGGAUCCACGAAAGCGCACUGCAACGGCCGCAGGGUUUGAGCAAAUGGGUCGACAGUGAAUGAGACGGGGGUUGUCUGCCAAAUGUAAUCGAUUUUAACUUGAUUGAAAAAGCAUACACGUUCAACAAAC